UAUAUAGAUGGAGCGAGCACAACCGCUCCUCCUCGUGCACGCGACCACUUGCUUCACCAUCAAGAUGGCUGCCCACAGUGCUGUGCUCUCGAUGUCUAAAAUCAUAAAUCCCUUCUGGGGUGGACGCCUUGGGAAUACGGUUAAAGUAUUUGGAACAACUCUGACGAGUCACAGGAAUAAGACCUUACUUGCAAGAGAAAAUAUACCGCCUCCGGCAAAGUAUGGAGGCAGACACACUGUGACCCUCAUACCUGGAGAUGGAAUCGGUCCAGAGCUGCUGAACCAUGUCAGAGAGGUUUUCAGGUUCAGUUGUGUUCCGGUGGACUUUGAGGUGGUGAAUGUCAACUCUGCUCUGGAGACUGAUGAUGACAUGAAUAAUGCCAUCACUGCCAUCCGUCGUAAUGGAAUUGCUCUCAAAGGUAACAUAGAAACCAAACACACCAUGGCGCCAUCUGUCAAAUCCAGGAACAAUCUCCUCCGCACAAGCUUAGACCUCUAUGCGAAUGUGAUGCACUGCCAGUCCCUUCCUGGAGUUCAGACUCGCCACAAGAACAUUGACAUCAUGAUCAUCAGAGAGAACACAGAGGGAGAGUACAGCAAUCUGGAGCACGAGAGUGUAUCAGGUGUAGUGGAGAGUCUCAAGAUCAUCACCAGGAACAACUCCCUCAGGAUCGCUGACUAUGCCUUCAAAUUGGCCAAAGAGAAAGGCCGUCGUAGGGUCACUGCUGUACACAAGGCCAACAUCAUGAAGCUCGGUGAUGGCUUGUUCCUGCAGUGUUGCAGAGAAGUGGCCUCUGGUUACCCAGACAUCACAUUUGACAGCAUGAUCGUGGACAACACCACCAUGCAGCUGGUGUCCAAGCCCCAUCAGUUCGAUGUGAUGGUGAUGCCCAAUCUGUACGGGAACGUUGUGAGCAAUGUGUGUGCAGGCCUGGUGGGUGGUCCUGGCCUCGUGCCUGGGGCUAAUUAUGGCAACGCCUACGCUGUUUUUGAAACAGCAACAAGGAACACAGGGAAGAGUAUUGCAGGCAAGAACAUUGCAAACCCCACUGCCAUGCUGCUGGCCAGCUGCAUGAUGCUGGACCACCUUAAGCUUUAUGACCACGCAACAAUGAUCCGACAUGCAGUCCUCAAAACCAUGAAUGAAACCAGGUUGCACACAGCUGAUAUCGGGGGUCAGGGCACCACAUCAGAGGUGGUCCAGACCAUCAUGAGGAUCAUCCAGAGUGGAGGGCAGCUCACAACAGAGCUCUAAGCACGCACACAUAUCAGAGGUGUUAGUUUGAACAGCUCUAUGUACCUGGGACAGGUGUACGGAUUGAGAGAGGAUGUCCAUGCAUGUCGGUUACCAUAAGGUCUGUCUUCUUGCUUAUGUCAGAAGUUUUUUUGUCUUAUUCACUCAUCUUACUGACCACUUGUCUGUACAAAGGACUUUUUAUCCACACCUGUGUGUUUCACAUAUUAUCAUGACCUUGAUUUAAACAGUUUGCUUUUGAUAAAAUUCCAUUAUCACUCCUGUUAGUUAAUAAAUCCUACUGUAAGCGGAGGUUAUACUUCAUGAGUUCAUCAGGUAUACUCAGCUUAAUAAUCGCUUUUCUUACAAAUUGUUAUGAACCACAAAAAGGUGUCUCUUUUUUUGGGUCAGAAGUACACAAAAUAUCCUCAUGUGUUCAUACAUUGUCCACUCUACGCUCUUCAGUAGGGAUCAUUAUUUAUUUCCCGAACGAUGACUCUUACGUCGCAGCCUUUUUGAUCAACCAAAAUGUGCAAUUUUCAUUUAAAGCCUUCACUUCUAUUUGUCACACUGUAACUUUAAUAUCAAGUUGCCUGUUAUAUACUGUACUUUCCUGUGUGUUCACAUCAGACCAACUGUACUAUGAAAAAUAGUUUGACGUAGCUAUUACCUAUAUGCUGUAUCCUUGGUGGAGGUGUGCAUCUCCUAAAUGCUGACGCAGAACCAUCAUGCUUGUGCCAUAAUAUUCUUUUCAGCUAAGUUUGGAUCAAAUCAUAAGGAUAUACUGUUGUCUUAAAGUCUAAUGGGUCAAGAGGUAAAGGUUUGAAGCCUGAUAUGAAAAUGUGGUUGGAUAUAAAUACUGUAUAAGUACAAAUAUUAUCAAUAAAGAAAUACUCUACCUUAAGGUUUAGCUUGA